CCCUUUAAUAGAAAUGCUUACAUCUUCAGAUGUGCAACUCAAGGAAAUGUCUGCAUUUGCACUUGGACGGUUGGCCCAGGACACACACAAUCAAGCUGGAAUUAUACUAAAUGGUGGAAUCACGCCACUACUAAAUCUUCUUGACUCAAAAAGUGGACCACUGCAACAUAAUUCUGCAUUUUCCCUAUAUGGCCUUGCUGAUAAUGAGGAUAAUGUUGUAGAUCUUAUCAGGACUGGAGUUGUUCAGAAACUCCUGGAAGGAGAGUUCAUUUUUCAGCCAACUAAAGAUUGUGUAGCAAAGACAUUGAAGAGAUUGGAGGAAAAAAAUUAAUGGAAAA